GAAGCUCAAAUGCUUUGUGAGCUUGUGGCAACACCGCUCCCGGCUAAUAAAAAAGCAUCUGACAAUUUGUCACGGUCAUUUUCAUACACGUCCUCGCUAGACGUCAAACGCAUUUAUGGUAAUCAUCUAGACUUUCACCGGCAUCGGUAACUUGUUUAUUUGUUCCCUUUUCCCGUCAUUUUACGCUGGCCUCCCUUUUGGUGUAGACGUGUUGGAACUGCUGCAAUUUCCUAUAAAAAUGGCCAAAAUUCACUGCGGCCCCGUUGUGGACAUCCUAGGGGAUGAAAUGACUAGAAUUAUCUGGGAUUCCAUCAAAGAAAAACUGAUCCUGCCUUACUUGGACAUUGACCUGAAAGUGUACGAUUUGGGGAUCGAAAACAGGGACAAAACCGAAGAUAGGGUCACUGUAGAUUGUGCUGAAGCUAUUAAAAAAUACAACGUCGGCAUUAAGUGUGCGACAAUCACACCGGAUGAGAAACGGGUGGAGGAAUUCAAAUUAAAACAGAUGUGGAAAUCCCCUAACGGCACAAUCCGUAACAUCCUGGGCGGCACCGUGUUUCGCGAAGCCAUCAUCUGUCAGAACAUCCCUCGUCUGGUGACAGGCUGGACGAAGCCAAUCAUCAUCGGCCGUCACGCCCACGCCGACCAAUACAAAGCGACGGAUUUCGUCGUGCCAGGGGCGGGCAAAUUGGAAAUGGUGUACACGCCUCAGGGAGGCGGGGAGGCGCAGAGGUACACGGUGCAUGAGUAUAAGGGCGCUGGAGUAGCUAUGGGAAUGUUCAAUACUGACGAGUCGAUAAUAGCGUUCGCACAUUCAUCUUUCAAAUACGCCUUGGACAGAGCUUACCCGUUGUACCUCAGCACAAAGAACACUAUUUUGAAGAAAUAUGAUGGACGGUUCAAAGACAUCUUCCAGGAUAUUUACGACAGAGAAUACAAGCCUCAGUUCGAAGCUAAAGGCAUAUGGUACGAGCACAGACUGAUUGACGAUAUGGUAGCUUAUGCUAUGAAGAGCGAAGGUGGAUUCGUAUGGGCAUGUAAAAACUAUGACGGAGACGUACAGUCCGACUCUGUAGCGCAAGGAUAUGGAUCUCUAGGUCUGAUGACCUCAGUGCUAAUUUCUCCAGACGGCAAGACAGUAGAAGCGGAAGCAGCUCACGGCACCGUAACCAGACAUUACAGGAUGUACCAACAGGGCAAAGAAACGUCUACCAAUCCGAUUGCGUCUAUUUUCGCGUGGACCAGAGGCCUGAUGCACAGAGCCAAGUUGGAUAAUAAUGCGCAGCUGGAUAAGUUUGCUCAUACACUGGAGAAGGUCAGUAAGACUUCUGGACAUACAGAAAAAUAAAAAUUGAGUGACUUUUAUUUAUAUUUUUGCAGUAAUUUUAGCACCACUAGAGUAGUGUUUAUAAACCAGUUUCUUACCUUCCUUACAGGGGCGCUAAGGAUUAGCUGACAGAGAUGGAGAUGAACGACGUAAUGAUAAAAAACAAUUUUUCUAAUAGACUUAUGAGAAGGACAUUCGGUGUUUGUUUGCUAUAGAUGUAACAUUAGAUUUCGUUUUUAAAUUCGAUGCUAUUCAGUGUCGCCGAACCGAAAAAGAUAAAAUCGGUAGACAGUGUUGUUGAAAUUGGGGAGAUUUAAAAAUAAAAUCGGUAGGAGGAAAAAAUCGGGGCCGUCAUAAGAUCAGCGAUGGAUCAAGGGAUUUUGCGUCACGCAACGCCCUCUAUGAUAAAAGUAUACUUUGCAUUGCGCACGCAUUUUCAACACAAGGUUUUUUGAGGGCAUCUGUUCCUGAAAAAAUAUGAAGUUCUUUAUACAAGUUGUACAUUCAUACUGGUUGCUCUUCAAACUCCUUUGCAACCAUAACUCAAAGUCCCUUUGCUCCUCUUAUUUAUAAGAUUUUGAAUAUUUUUCUGUUUCACCACAGCACUUGGAGUCUGAUCACCAGUUAUUUUAAUGUUAAUAUUCAUAUUAUAUUCAUAAAAAAGUAUUCUUUAAAACUAUCUUUCCUACAGAUGGGAAGGUAAACGUCGUAUACAGAAUUUUUUUCGAAUAUUCACGAAUUAUCAUUUGAAGAUCUUUAUUCAGAAGGAAACACAUUUUUGAAAUCGUAUUUCUUUCAGGUGUGCGUGGACACUAUCCAGUCCGGUUUCAUGACCAAAGAUCUGGCGAUCUGCAUAAAGGGUAUGAGCAAAGUCCAAAGAUCAGAUUACCUGGAGACGUUCGAGUUUAUGGACAAACUAGCCGAGAAUUUGAAGAAGAAAAUGGCCGAAGUAUGAAGAUGAAAUUACGAUGCAAGGGCGGAUCUUGAAGGUUUUUAUGGUUGAGGGUUUAUAAAUGUGUAUAUGAUAAUAUUAGGCACACAGUACUGGAAAAACUAUAAAAUAAUUUCAAGUGUAUGUUGCCAAAAGUCUUCACUGACCAAUCAGUUUUUCUACAGGAAUCGUACAUUUAUGACCAAGGGAUCAUUUUUUAGACGAUUGAAAAAUCAUAGCAUACUUUUUAUGCCAAAUGAUGCAAUUAAUUAUUACGACAUAACUAAAAGUUUUGACAUUAAAAUUGACAUAUUGUUUACAGAUUUCUGUUCUAUUUGCUAUGUUUUCUACAGGUCCGCCCUUGGUUUUUAUAAGUUUUUUGUUGCUUUUAAUGUGUUUCUGUUUUGUUAGGUGUGUAAGUGCAAGAUGUGAAACAGACGUAUUUCAUGAUGAGUAUUUCUUAAUAAACAUGUAUGAAAGUCUAAAUUGUCUACCUACCUUUUGGUGGAGCGUACUGAAUAUUGUUGAUG